GCGCUGCGUAAAACGUGUAGCGUACGGUCUGAUACAGUGAGCUGGUUAUAAGGCGCGUAUCAGGAAGUGGCUUAGUGCUCUGAUAUUUUAAACUGCGACAGAAUCACGGCACUGCUAGCACCUAGAGCACAGCUGCUCGAAAUUUGCCGUUAUUUCAGGCAACAUGCAUCUUCUGAUUCCGUUCUCUGUCUGCCUUGUCUUGGCUGCGACUGCCGUAGGUCAAAAGCCACAUCCUUGCGAAUCUCCACCUUUAAUGGUCGGACGUGCCAGUGUGAUAUACCCAAAGAGGGAGGCGCUUGUGUAUGAAAGAGUUACCUAUGAUGCUCUGGGAAAGAGAAUAAGGCUUAGGGCACAAGGGGUGGAGCACAACCAAUCGUUCUACGAAGAUGUGCUGAUGCUCUUUCGAGAGGGUGUGGUGUAUCAAAUCUCCUACAAAAACCAAACCUGCACAAAGAAGCCCAUGGACAUGCCCUUUCAGCCAAUAGAAAUCCCCCAGGAUGCCACGCUCCAGUCCCAGAUCAUCCUUGGGAGCUCCUCUGGUCCUGGACAGGGGCUGCUGGUCAAUAACUGGAUGGGAGAAUUUCCUGGACAGAAAGUAAAGUACUACAUGAUGUUCACGGAGUUUGGGUGCAUCCCUGUCUCGACCCUUUACACCAGUCACGAGGCCGGCUUGAUUUUAUUAAGUUUCUUUGACAUUGUGAUCGGGAUUGAGGACCCCCAGGACUUCAUUCCUCCUGAUUUCUGCGAAACAAGACGAGUGGACAAUGAACUGGUGGUGACUGACUUCUUUGAAGCCCUUAAAAAGAAUUAACAAUAGGAGAAAACUUAAUGAUCUCAGUUGAAAUGCCUGUGCAUUUUUCCAACAAUUGAUUCACAGUCAGUAUACUGUACUGAAUAUGUGUCUCGUUUACACUGAUCACUGUUACAGUUUUUACAAUCACUUUGACACAUUUCAGAAUCUUGAGAUCAUUUUUCAAAACUGUAGACACUUUUUUCAAUUGCUUGGAUACGAUAUACAUAAAUAAAAAAUAUUUUUUUCACUGAACCAAAUCACAAUGACACAACAACGUUCAAAGUAUUAGCAUUUCAAAAUGAAAUACACACAUUACAUUUGAAAAUACUGUCUUUUCAUUCAUUACAAUGCAUCUAAAUACCAAUGUAUCCAACUACUUAAAAUGAUAAAUAACUGACAUAAGGUAUAGUUUUAUGGAAACAGAUUACUUGUAACAACAUUCCAUGUUUAGAUCAGGAAUGUUUUAGGAUAAAUUAAUUGAUUGACACCAAUUAAUUUGGAUCAGGAUCAAUUUUACCACAUUAUCAUUCAAUGUAAUAUUGCAUCACCAUCCUUUUUCACAAGGGUUUUCAACCUUUAUUGACAUGCACGUUUGAGCUGGUGGUCAAAUGACUGAUGAUUGAUUUUACAUAAAAGCUGGAGUAAGGAUGUGUAUCCACUGCAACAACAUAGCGACAACAUGGAGCAGUCAGAUGGUCCAUGUUAGAAUAGAGAUCAAGCAGUGAGAGGAGGAGGAAGAGGAGGUGGAGGUGGGCAACGGAAUGGCGGAAUGACGAGUACAGCAAAGAGGUGGCCUUGUUUCUCAUUUCUUGUCUUAGAGGUGGUAGAGGAGUGUAUUUCACUGCAGUUCAGGAUUUCCCCCCCACUUUUUACCUAUAAUUUUGUUGCUAUGAUUAUAGUUUUUUACAAUUGCUAAAAAUUCACUUUUUUAAAACUCUUCAUACAACUCUGCACCAGCAUGCUGCUUGGCAGUUCAUUUAAUUCUGAAAAUGCAUCAAAACUACCAACCACUGCAAACAUGUCUCAAAGGAAAAGCACCAGCACGACAAUUUUUGCUGUCAAUCGUAGAACAAUGAUCUAAAAAACACUAACAACCAGUGGCAUUACAGUAGACACACUAUUUUCUGUCAGUGAUUUUCAAAUUGGACUGGUUUUUUAUAAAAGCAAUGAAAAAAUAAUUAAUUUUGGUCCACAUACAGUGCUCUUGUGCUAACUGUGAAGAGAUUCUACUCUCUCCCUUUAUUUAGAACCACAAUAAGGACCAUAUUGAAACAUGUUUCAAGUAUUUUUUCCUGCUAUAGUAAAGUAUUUUAAAAGAACUAAACAGUGAAGCUAUAGGUAUCUUUUGUGUGGGCUAUCUAAACAAAUGUUCCUAUAGUACUUCAUGAAAGAACAUGUGAAACUUUGCCGUGGUUAAAUUAUUUUUGGAGGUCAUAAACUGCCUUGUUCAUUAUAUACCUGUAUAUUAUUUUGUACACUUAUGUGUUUAUGUGAAAUACAUUUACGUUUACAUUUUUGUCAUUUGGCAGAUGUAUGUAUUUGCAUAUUGCAUAUAAUAAAAAACUAUAAAUAACAUAA